AUGGACCGGUCCACUUUGAUCUUAUCUAUACUCUUCACACUCACCGCUUCCACAACGAACUUCUUCUCUCCUGUUCUUGCCGGAACUUUCGACACAGAAUUCGACAUCACUUGGGGUGAUGGUCGUGGUAAGGUCCUUAACAACGGUGAUCUUCUCACUCUCUCCCUAGAUAAAGCCUCGGGUUCUGGUUUUCAAACCAAGAAAGAGUAUUUGUUCGGAAAGAUCGAUAUGCAGCUCAAACUCGUGCCCGGAAACUCAGCCGGAACCGUCACAGCCUACUACUUGAAGUCAAAAGGUGAUACGUGGGACGAAAUUGAUUUCGAGUUUCUUGGUAAUCUAACUGGUGAUCCGUAUGUCAUGCAUACGAAUGUGUACACUCAAGGCAAAGGUGAUAGAGAACAACAAUUCAAUCUCUGGUUCGAUCCAACCGCUGAUUUCCACACUUACUCUGUUCUAUGGAACCCUCAUCACAUCGUUUUCUUGGUUGAUGACAUUCCGGUAAGACAAUUCAAGAAUCUAGAACAUAGGGGGAUUCCAUAUCCGAAGAUGCAGCCGAUGAGGCUAUACUCGAGUCUAUGGAACGCAGACCAGUGGGCUACACGGGGAGGUCUGGUUAAGACCGACUGGUCCAACGCGCCGUUCACCGCUUCUUACAGAAACUUUAGAGCGGACGCAUGCGUUUCGUCGGGCGGGAAAUCAUCUUGUCCUGCGAGUUCACCAAGAUGGUUCUCUCAAAGGCUUGACCUAACAGCGGAAGAUAAGAUGAGAGUGGUGCAGAGGAAGUUCAUGGUCUACAACUAUUGUACGGACUCCAAAAGGUUUCCUCAAGGAUUUCCAAAGGAGUGUAGACUUCACUAG